AAUACAUUCCAGAAUUCAAUCACAAUUCUAGUCGAACGUUAUACAUACGCAUCCCCGAGGCAACAACGUAUCAUCUUGUGGUGAUAAAGGUAAAUACAGAAACAGCGAACCUGGAGCUACUCUGUCAACAACAGCCAAUAAAAAACCGGUCAAAUUCCCAAAUAACCAAUCAGACGUGGCGCCAGAGAGAUGCUGCGCUGCACCCGGAUGAAGUUGAAUAGAGAGCAUCCUCCGCUGCAAGACAUCCCUUUGAUAUACAGCAUUACAAAUGGGGCGCAGAAAGUCAAAGAGAAAGCCACCUCCAAAGAAAAAAAUGACAGGUAACCUGGACGUCCAGUUCACUUGCCCGUUCUGUAACCACGAAAAAUCCUGCGAUGUCAAAAUGGAACGAACCCGCAACACAGGAAUUAUAUCAUGCAGUGUUUGCUUGGAGGAGUUCCAGACUCCAAUAACCUAUCUGUCCGAGCCAGUGGACGUUUACAGUGAUUGGAUCGAUGCCUGUGAAUCAGCCAAUCAAUAGUCAUGUUUUCCUGUGACCUCACCGCUCUCUAACCUCACUCGCUUACAGUUCACCCCUGUGAUUGGUUCACUUAUAUGCUCCUGUUCAGCCAGCACAAUGUAGCAAAAUUGUUUACAAACAAUUGAAGCAUUAUAUUUUAGCGUGACAUGCUUAGUUUUUUGCAAUUUUGCUACAACAUGUCUUGCUGAGCACGACACGUUCCUCCGGCUGGGCCAGAGGGUUGCCAUGUUGUCUGUCAGUGAUUAGCUUAUGAUACUUUUUUUUUUUUUUAUGAUUUUUUUUUUUUUGGACUAAAAAUGUAAGUUUAACUUUCCACCAGUGUAAAACAUGUCCUCCCUUGGUAUUCUUUGUGUUUAUGGUGUCUUGUCUUUAGGUUGUUAUGUAGUAGAUGAUCACACAAGCGUGUGUUACUUUUGUAGUUUUCUUUAUUUUUCAACCCCAUCUCUAAUAAUGCACUGAACCAUUUUUGUUAGAUUUUUUUAAAAUGCCAAAUCUUUACCAACCUUUUGUUUUUUUGGACCAGUAUAUAUAUUUGUACUGAUUUUUAUUAUUUUCCUUUCUUAAAUCACAAUCAUGUAAUUUGUAUUACUCUCCUUCUGUGUAUUUCACAACUGUGUAUUUUUAAGUAAUGAAAAAAUUUAAUCAGAACCGUAUUUUUCAAGUGUUUUUUAUUGCACAAAUGUCAUGUUUAGUGAAACUCAUAAAAAAAAAAAAAUCAAUGUUAGGAAAAAGUGAAUAGUUUGAAUAAUUUUUGAUAUCACACGGAG